UCUAACGUGGCACCUGCCAGAUUGACGGCCUUUUAUGCAUGCAAAUCAGUCCUGUUGCUGGGCAGGCCAUACCAUUCGUGUUUGCCAUAUAGGGGUGUAGUCUGGAGUUUGCCCAAGGUAGUAGUGAAUUUUUAAUCUGUGGCAGUUGUCCCCCCCAGGCUGUUGUUUGGAACCAUAGGCUGUACAGAACUGUGAGGAAGACAUGGGCAGUAGUUUUAUCUGAGACAUGGUCAAUGGAGAUGCCUUCUGGACUUCCAGAAUGGUCUUGACAGCAGUGAGAUGGAAGAGCCAGAGGUGGAUCCGUACGAGCUGUUUGUAGAUAUAGGCAUGUUGGUGACUGAUGGAAGGGGGCCCGAACCUUCGCUGAAGGGUCGGACAGAGGGCAAGCACUGUCCGCCGCCCGCAGGCUCCCCGGCACACGUGUGUAGCGAAAACGACUCUAAGUGUGUGAAGGCCAUGCAGCUGAAAUCACAGAUGUUUCUCCUGUGGCGUAACGACAUCCCCAUGUCCGUGGAAGUUCUGCUGUGUCCGCAGUGCUGCUACGAGCAGAUGGCAGCGGACGUGGAAACGUUAGCGAGCGCUUAUCCACAGUCUGCCAUCUUAUUGGAGCAGUGGACGAUACAAAUGGUAGCUAAACGUCCGAGUGGCAGACGUGAAACCCCCCGCACCUUGCUCCAGGCAGUACGCUCGUACAUCCACUUCUCCCAGCUGAGUGCCUGGCUCAGUCAGACUCAUGGACAGGCACCUCAAAAUGUCCUCUACAGAGUGUGUGCGCCCGGGGAGGGAUACAACGCUCAGUUCCUGGAACAGCCUGAGAUUCACCAGUUCCCUGUACCCAGCGUGCCUCCCUCCCGGGGGUUAAAGGUCACCGUGGCCUACCUUCCUAGGAAGCAGUGCAUCCCCACCCCUACCUGCAGCCUAGAGCACCACCUGAAACAGUCCGCGAGCGGAGUUCUAGAACAACGGGAGCAUGAUAUUCCGGAAUACAGCGCAACACAAAGAGUUGUUUUGGACCCUCCAAAACCAGCGGAAUGCAAAACUUUGGAUACCAGAAUACACAGUCAGGGUGAGAAACCAAACCAGCCUACUUUGUCCUCCACUUCCUUGGCCAGUUAUUCGCAGAAUUCAGUUGAAAGCACUACUGGGGAAGGUUUCAGACCUGGACUACAUGAUAACUGUAGAAGAGUGCAGCAUUCGAGUGGAAGUAGCUCAGAAGCUACUCCUUGCAAUAGCCCGUUGUCAAGGCCUUCGCAUCUGCAGUUGCAGCUAUGCCAAAAUUCACCCAAGCUUGAGUCCUUCAAGUGUCCCACCUUGACUAGUACUCCAAAUCAGGAGGUAACGUCCAAUCACUUGCUGACACCGUUCGAUUUCAGCCAAUUGGAAAAGGAGCAGAGAAGCCCCAAAGUUUUGAUGACUACAUGGGACCAACUACCAAAGCUGUAUCAGCCGACUGUUCCGGAACCGGAGACGAAACAAUCAACAAAUGACUCGCUAGACUUGUUGGAAGACAGUGGUAUUUCAGACAGCUCGAAGGGUAAGUCACAUUCGUACGAGAGUCCUGACUGGAAAAUGAAGAGACUUUCCAUUGAAAGCGAGGAAGCCACACCCAUCCGGAAACCUAAAAUGACGAUACCCUCUGAGGAAGACCAGGUUGUUGCAAAUAUUGCCUCCCAGGUUGAUCGGAGAAUGUCACCCUCAGAACUCGAGUCAUUCCUCCAAACUCUCGCUGCAAAGAAAGGUCGGCAGGAUGACAAACUCAAAGGCCAGAACGCAAAAUCUAAAGCUUCAACAAGUAGAAAAGAGUCAAGUAUACAGCACAAUCUGGAGAAAUCUCCAGAAAAACAGGAGUGUUCUCAGAAAACUUCAGGAAUUCCUUGGUUCCUCGGGGAUGAGGAGUUAAGAAUAUCGGAAAGCCAGGGCAUGCAUCAGGGAGACUCUGAUUCCAAAAAAAUUGUUUGGGAGAGAAAAGAUGACUUGAUGUCAAGGACUAGCUCAUUCCAGCCUGCAGAAGAAGUAGCGGUGUGGGAGCAAAAAGAAUUGAAACUUUUGGAGGACUCAUUGGGUUCCCCAAUUGAUCUUUCUUCAAGAACUCUUGAUGAAGAAGUUCAUAAUAGACUAUCUAUACCAGAGAAAGACCAUGUAACCUCGCCUACUACUAGUCGGGAGACAGAAGAUAAAGUAUCUCAAGGAGUUAAGGAGAUUCUCACCAAGAAGGGCACCAGAGAAAGGGGUUGGGCCAUAAGGAGUCCAACAGAUCGACCAGCCUUCCUACCAGGGUUUGCCAAGAGCAAGUCUCUCCUGAAGGAUGUCAUCAAGAGACCAGCAAAGGUGGCUGAAGAGGAUGCAGAACUGUUGGCGAGAGCAGCCACGGCAAAGCCUAUCCCUACACCAGACGAGAAGGCCAAGUUCCGCCGCUCACUGGACAGCUGUACAGACUACGUAUUCCACCCCAAGACUGGCCUUCCUGUCAACUCCAGUCCGGCUCCCCCCAGACGUUCUCAAACCUCAGAAAGUUUUGACUUUGAUGACAGUCUGAUAGUCAAACAGCCAAACACAUGGAUGAGAAACUCCACGUCCUGUGGGCGCCUGGACACGGCUGCGCUGGCCUCUCUGUCCGACCACAAGAAGGUUCUGAGCACGAGCGCGCCGGCAUGCGCGGGAAUGAGCCUGCUGGGUAAUUUUGAAGAAUCUGUUCUGAACGGAAGGCUGGAGCCACUUGGUACUGUAGAGGGAUUUACUGCAGAGCUGGGAGCAAGCAGUGCCCACGGUUCGUUCUGUCCGCGACACGUGAAGAUGAACGUCCAAGCUGAAUUCUACGGAGUGUCUGAUGACCAUGCACCUUCACCAUACUCAGGUAUUAUUAGUCUGGAUGGUUUGGGGAAGAAAGGAUACCAGGUUCCCAAGAAGGGGACAUUGCAACUGACUCUGUUCAACCCCCACCGCACGGUUGUGAAGAUGUUUGUGGUACAGUAUGACCUGGUGGACAUGCCGCCUAACUGCCAGACCUUCCUGCGCCAGCGCACCUACUAUGUCCCCGCACACUUCACCAGCGAAGACAUCAAGGCUGAGGGACUCACGCCCAGAUAUGUCGUCCAUCUAAGAUUUGCAAGUUCCAAGUCUGGAAGGAUCUACCUCCACAAGGACAUCCGCUUAUUGUUCGCUCGUCAGCGGUAUGACGUCGAUGCUGGCAUGACCAACUACGAGUUAAAGUCUUUCACCGAAGUCCCCAAGAAUCCGCACUUUUCACCCAAAAAGUGAGGGGCUUCAAUGCAUCGUGCCCCUCUACAUUUUGCUAAAGCAGAUAGAAGUUAAAGGAUAGAUGUUAAAGACCAGUUUGAAUGGUGCAAAUGUAUGAAGACAAGACAAAAACAUCUUGGUAAACGAAAGAUUAAUUUGUGUGGGUCCAAUAGGAAAAGAGUGGUAACUAGUUGCUGCAUUUUGCACAUGAAGUAUAAAUAUAAUUGUGCUGUGCAAGUCACUAAAUAAGGGACCACGUUGCAUGUUAACAAUGGCAAUCAGUAGGGAAAACUGUGGAAUCAAUAAGUGUUAGAUUGAAAUAAGAAACAAAAAUAAACCAUUGUGAAAACAAAAUAUCAACAUCUUUUUAAAAAAUCUAUAUCUCUGUAUUUGUUGAAAUUGACAAAUUGAUUUUACAUUGAGACCUAUAAUUACUGUUUUUAAGAUUAAUUUUCAGUAUGUUUCCAAGUAAGGCUGGUAGAAGUAUUAGUGUUACGUUAUAAUUCUAGUGAAAAGGACAGAGAAGUUUUUUGUGAUACAUUGUAUUUAUACGUUUGUUUCUAUGUUUCAUAUUUAUUGUAUACUGUUCUGUUUCUGUUACCUCAUAAGCUUGCAUACUGAUAUAGAGAAGUAGCUUAAGGCUUGAAAACAAACUUGAAGCCUUUGCUUUUCAGUCAAAAAUAUGUCCGUACAUUUACAGUGAUGUUUCUCUAGACUUAACACUUCUUGGACUAUUCCAUUGAAAAGGAGGGCAGUCAGGCAAAAUGGAUGUGGUCAGCCGGCACGCCAUGACCUGAAUCGAACAGUUUUCGAGCAGGUUUUCUAUGCAGUUCGAAUUGUUCCGCGGUCUCGCUUCUCGCGCGGCAGGUGGAUGGAAUUUCAUCCGAGUUUUACAGCUGCUUUAGACCUGAUUGCAGGCCUUUUUACCAAGAUUGCGUUAUAUGUGUCAUAGAGAAAUAUCCUGUAAUCUCGAUAUGAUCCUUUUUUUUUGGUUUUUAUAGCUAUCAUGUCUAGUUUCCUGAUCAUAUUUGUUACAAAGUGAAAUUGGCAAAUUGGUGGUGCCAUUAUGAGCUAAAUUUUCAACGAAUUUGAAUUUCGGGGCAAAUGCAUUACGCUAAAGUCACCUGAUUUUGGGUCGUAUUUGUUACAGGAAAAUGAUACACAGUCAGUUCAAAAUCUAUAUGAGCUAAAAGGAGGCUAAAACGCUGUGAAUGACUUCAAAUUAAAAAGAUAUGCAGUUGUAUACUCCAGCGACAAGCUUUCUUGUGAGGGGUGUUGACGCCCGGAGUCAUGGAACGGACUUCUUUCUCUCGCGGAAGGAAAAGAAAACUGCAUAGAACUCUUGGCAUGGCGUGGCGGCUGUGGUGAGAGAAUAAUUUGAUUUUGGAGGAAAAGUUUAAGAGAUGAAACAGGAAGGGGUUUGAAACAUGUUAAAUGGCUCCCCUUUUCAGUUUUUGAAAUUGUAUAGCCCUUAACAAUCUGUUAUACAUGAAGAAACAACAUGACGUUACUUGUGAUUGUGAACACACUUCUAACAAAAUGGCAAAAGCAAAUUUCAGAUUCAAUGCUUAUGUUGGUUUCAGAACAUGUCUCAAAGAUGUGUUGCUGGUUUCUAUUUCUUAUGAAUCAUUUAUUAAUUUAUUUCUGUGUCUUUCCACCCUUCUCGUGAUCUGUCCAUUUUGUAACUGCACUUAGGAGGUUCUUUAGGCCGGAAAAAUAACCCUCCUUUGAACAGUAAUUUCUUAACACGUGUCACAGAUAUUAUAUUUCCUAAUGCACCGAAGAUUUUUUGCUUAUUUAUUGACAUGGACAUACAUUUAAUUCAAUUGUCCAGAGAGAGAAAUACAUUUUCACAUUUGUAGAAAUCCUUAUAAUCAUAAAAAUGUGAAUGUUAUUUAUAGUAGAGUUAAAGAGUUAUAACACACUUGUACAACUGCACACUUGUAUUCAUAUUUCUCUCCCCAAUAGUCCAGUUCAUGGUUUGAACUAUGCAUUUGUAAGGUCAAAGGUGAAAGGAUAUAAACUGUUUUUGUCUAGACCGGGCCUGAUACAUGUUCAGACAUGUUUGUUAAUGUCACAGGGGUCUUUACUUUGAUGUAUGUCACAUGCAUGCUCAGCUCAAACUGUGAACCAGCCUAUAGGGCAUGUUGUGAGUGACUAAAGUGGUGGUGGUAGUGGCAACAGUGGUUGGGACAGGUUAGUGAGUGGAAUUAUUGCAGUGUAUGCAGAUGUGCAAGAAAAUAAUAAAAAGGCCUUGUCAGACACAGACACCAUAUUA